CCGACGCGACGCGCGCGCGCACGCACGACGCGCGCGAUCGAACGCGCACGCGCCCGAACGCCUCGACGCCGCGAACCGACGCGCGAAUCGACGCGCGCGAGCGACGCGAACGACGAAAAGUCGCGCGACGAGAUCCGACGCCAUGAUGACGACGUCGAGCAAGAUGCCGACGCUGACGCGCGCUUCAGCGCGUCAAACGCGCUUGCGACGCGGCGCGACUAUGCGUGAAACGCGCGUCGCGGUGGUGAUGCGCAGAGGCGGACGCGAAGGCGGUGCGCGGGCGCAAAAGAUCGUGAUGAAGAGCGAAGGGAGCAACGUGAACCCCGACAUCGGCGUCUCGUGCUCGAUCGACGACCCGAGCUCGUGCUCGCUGGCCGAUCUCGAGCUCAUGUACGUCGACGCGCUGUGGAAUUACUAUAACGGUGGUAAGUUCACGCUGAGCGACGAGGAUUACGAUCGAUUGAGAGAGGAGUUGAAUUGGCAAGGGAGCGGGUUCCCGACGCUGCGAAGGUAUGAGAUUGAAUUCGUGCAAGCGGCGAUUUCUUACUCGCGAGGGGAAUCGGUCGUGGACGACGACAAGUACGAAGAGUUGAAGCGACGAGUGAAGGCGGAAGGCAAGCGCACGGACGUGACUGCGCUGUUGCUCUACACCAAGGGGAAGGAACUCCUCGACGAGGCGGAGUUUGAACUCUUGGGAGCGGAGAUGAAAAAGUUAGGAAUCGAGGUGGGCAUGAAGGGUGCGACGUGCACGUUGUCGCAGACGAGCACGGAACUCAUCUCCGACACGAGUGGGGUCUUUACCAUGUACGCCGCGCUCGCCACGGUCCCGUUGUUGCUCGGAUUGUCUCCGAGCAUCUUGCUCGGCUUUUUCGGCGUGCACGUUCCCUCGGGCCUUUCGCUCGGGUUCGCGGCGACGCUUUGCGCGGGCUUGACGUACAAGUUAGUCAACUACACCAACCUGCAAAACGCUGAAAUCUUGAUCGGGGCAUGCCCGUGCUGCGAGAUGCCGAUCAAGCAAUUCUUUGGCGGCGAGUCGCCCGCGGAGACGUUUGAACACAAGUGCUCCGCCUGCGGCACGAAGUGCACGUUGAACAGACCCAAGCGUCUCAUUGAAACGGCCGGCGGUUUCUCGCGCGCGUGAGGUGCCGCACGUGAAAGCUGCGCAGUAGAGCAACA